UGUAAACUUUUAUUUCCAAGCUUGUAGCCACACUGUGGCUGGCUACCAAGGUUAGGUACUUCCAUACCUUAGGUACCUAAGGAGGCACCUACGUAAUAAAGUUGAACCGCGUAAGCUCCAUCCAUGGAACCAUAACCGUCCAAUUCCCAAUUCCAUCCCAAUUCCCAAUUUGCGGAGCCUCGAGCUUCCGGCGGGAGAGUCGAGUUAGAACAAUCAAUUAUACGAGCCAACUUCGCACAAGGCCACAUUGCGUUACCUGCUCUUAUGUAUUAUCCCUUUUUUUUCUAAUGUAAAACAGUGUUUGUAAUAACUACUAGUUAGUUAGUUAGUUAUUCCUUCUCCUGAACUUCUUCGGGUACCUGCAAAAUAUAGACGUGAAAAAGAGCUCUUGCUGCUGCUGCUGCUGAAGGAAAGUAUCUCGCCAUGGCAGAGAUCCGUCAGCGCAAGGGCAAAGGCCCCGCGAGGGACGAUGUUCGAACUGCUAUCGUCGAGGAGCUCGAUACCUCGGAGUCGGACACGCCCGCGCCCAAGCAGCCUAAGCCCAAGCGUAAAGCUAAGGAGCUUGUCAACGACGAUGAAGAGUAUAGUCCGUGGCUGGACGUCCUGCGCGUGCUCUCAUUCCUGUUCGUCGCGUCCUGUGGUCUUAGCUACCUCGUUUCCGGCGGCGAGUCUUUCUUCUGGAGCAUGCGGGCGCCACCCAAGUACAUACAACUGGACUGGUGGAAGAGCCAAUUGCGCGGUCCCAUAUACCUAACCCCCGCCGAGCUAGCCCAAUACGACGGCACCGACGAGUCCAAGCCUAUCUACCUCGCUAUCAACGGCAGCAUCUUCGACGUAUCAAGCAACCGGCGGACGUACGGCCCGGGCGGCUCGUACCGAUUCUUCGCGGGCGCCGACUCGGCGCGGUCCUACGUAACGGGGUGUUUCGCCGAGGACCGGACGCCCGACAUGCGGGGAGUCGAAGACAUGUUCCUGCCGCUAGACGACCCGGCCGUAGACUCGCACUUUGCGCCGGCCGAGCUCGCCGCGCUCAAGAAGAAGGAGCUCGAGGAGGCGAGGCAGAAAGUCCACGAGGGGCUGCUGCAUUGGGUCCGCUUCUUCGAGAACAGCCCUAAGUACCCCAAGGUCGGAUACGUUAAAAAGGAUAAGAACUGGUUAGAUAAGGAGCCGAGGAAGAAGUUGUGCGAAGCGGCGGCGAAGGGUAGGAAGCCGAGGAAGAUCCCUGGCUCUGAAGAUUAAAUAAGAUUUUAUUUCAAAUAACUAUGUAUUUUAAUAGCGGGAAAGCGACUUGCCUAACCUAGAAACCUAGGAAAGGGGAUUAAAUAAAAUUAGUUAGGACGAAUGUUGGGGACCUUUGGCUUACUGAACGGUAGCUUGAAGACAUAAUGAAGGCCGAGGUGAGAUCAGCAACAUUUUACUAUUACAAGCACUAAUAAUACUCGGGACACCUACUAAACAGGAUUAUAUAUUACACACUCUUAAAGACCAUAAAGACAGUUUGUUUU